AUGACACAUUUCAACAAGGUUAACAUCUGGUCGAUUAUCAUCCUCUCUUUUGGGGCUUUCUUUUACGGCUAUGACUCUGGCCUCACCACCUCCAUCUUGGGAUACCCCCAAUUCAUAUCCUAUUUCAAUUUCAACUCCAAUACCAUCGGAGCUUUAGGAUCAUGUUAUUAUGCGGGCAGCUUCUUCGGUUCUGGGCUGAACUUCUGGCUUCCUGAUCGAUAUGGCCGAAAGCCAACUAUCUACAUUGCCUGCGUUGUCGCUUUGGUGGGUGCUGUCCUUCAGACUGCCGCUCAAAACAUCGAGAUGCUUUUCGUUGGGCGUGUCAUUGGUGGCAUCGCUUCUGGUAUCGUCUUCGGUGUCUGCCCAAUGUUCAUGUCAGAAAUUUCGCCACCAGAAUUCCGUGGCAGAGUUGGUGGGCUGUACAAUUUGAACAUCAACCUUGGUUAUACCUUGACCGAAUGGAUGGGUCUCGGAUUCAGUUACAUCGGCUCUGAUGUCGCCUGGCGAUUAUUCUUGGGUUUGCAACACGCUCCGCCUAUUCUCAUGGCCUUGUGUGUGCCUUACCUGCCAGAAUCGCCUAGAUUUCUCAUCAUGAGAGGUCGCUAUGACGAAGCGUUGGAGGUGAUUACAAAACUUCACGGCGGCGCUCCCGGCGCGGAUGACGACUUUUACAUUCGCGAAUUCAACCAGAUCAAGGCACAGCAUGAACUUGAAGUCCGCGAACGAGUUGGCCUACGCACCAUUCUUCGCCGGCCAUCCUACCGCAAGCGAAUGUUCAUCGUUGUCUUCCAGUUCGCCUUUGCCAUGUUUACUGGUAUCAUCCCACUCCAGAACUAUCAGUUCAUCUUGUACACCUACCUUGGAGUCACCAACAAGAUAGCACUCGUCAUGGUCGGAGUAUGGGGCACUUGCGGAGUCAUCUUCUGCUCCAUCGGUGCUUUGCUAUUUGAUAAGCUUGGCCGCAGAAAGUCCUUGCUUAUAUCUCUUUGGGUGCAGUUCCUGGCAUCCAUCGCCAUGGUCAUCUUCUGGGCACGAUUCCAGGAUUCAGGCAACACCAAUUUGCUCCUCGGUCGCUUUACUGUCGGUUUCAUGUUCGUUUACCUGAUCGGAUAUGCCUUCAUCAUGAACUCGUUCGGAUAUACGUACCCGUCGGAAAUCAUGCCAACGCCGAUCCGAGCAGCCGGCAACGCCGUGGCCUUCUGCACAUUCAACGCCAUUACGAUCAUGUUGGUGCAAGUGACGCCAAUCGCCAUCGAGCACAUCGCAUGGAAGUUCUUCCUCAUCUUCAUCAUCUGCGAUGCCAUCUUCAUCGUCGUGGUCUAUUGGGUCUACCCAGAGACCGUGGGCAAAACACUGGAAGAAAUUGCCGCGUUAUUCGGCGACGAGGUAGCGGUCGGUAUCCGGGAAGCGCAUGACUUCCCAGACACUGGUGCUCUCUCGUCAGACGAGAAGAUUGCCAGCGAGGUUACCGAGACCGAACGUGUGGAGGACCUCGGUAAGGGGAACAAGGCUCUGUAG